AUGGCUGAACAGGAUGAGGCGCAUCUCGCUGAACUUAAGAAGAAGAGAGUUUUCCGCAAAUUCACCUACCGUGGUGUAGAUCUGGAACAACUUCUGGAUAUGUCUCGUGAGCAGUUUGCGAAAAUGCUACCUUGCCGCAUGCGCAGACGUCUUGCACGCGGUCUGAAGAGGAAACACUUGAAUUUGAUCUCUCGCCUUCAAAAAGCAAAAAAAGCUGCAAAUGUACUUGAGAAACCAGCUACUGUAAAAACUCAUCUUCGUGAUAUGGUAAUUUUGCCCGAAAUGGUCGGAUCUGUAAUCGGUAUUUACAACGGAAAAGUUUUCAAUCAGACUGAAAUCAAGCCUGAGAUGAUUGGAUAUUACCUUGGUGAAUUCGCUAUUACGUACAAGCCCGUGAAACAUGGAAGACCAGGUAUUGGAGCUACCCAUUCUUCACGCUUCAUCCCAUUGAAGUGA